GAAAUUUGCGGACUUUGCAGAGUCACAUUAUGUAAUAGCAGAACUUCAUGGGUUUCUGCUGGUUUGUUUUACAGUGCUUUAGGUUGUAUGAAUGCUGGAAAUAAGAAAACCCUGAAAAUGCCUAAACACAGAUGAAAACGCUUUUUGAAGAGACUAAAUGAGUGAUGAAAGUGGGAAUUUCUUCUUAGGGCUGGAAACAAGAGAACACCAAAAGAAAAAGCUUUUUUGCACAUCUUUUUACACUUUUGGAAAAAAAAUGCAUAAAGGGAAAGUUUUUUUGUAGUAGAAUAAGUGGCUCAGGAACUUCAUUAUUACUGUAAAAGCUGAAUAGAAUUUACAGCACGUUCGUGAGGGGAAAAAAAGGAAAGAAAAACACAUCUAAAGAAACCAAAAGAGAAUUCUUUGGCUGGAGACAUCAAGAAUGGACCUGUUUAGAAAACUGUGGGUGGCGAGGAAGCUGAUUCUCGUGGUAAUGAUCCCACUUUCCCUUCUGCCUCUUCCUCUCAUCCAUCCCAGCAGUGAGUCAUCCUGUGCUUAUGUGCUGAUUGUGACAGCAGUGUACUGGGUCUCGGAGGCAGUGCCUUUGGGGGCGGCAGCGUUGGUGCCGGCAUUCUUAUACCCGCUGUUCGGGGUUCUCAAAUCAAGUGAGGUAGCCUCGGAGUACUUUAAGGACACAACGCUCCUGCUGAUGGGAGUUAUCUGCUUGGCUGCUUCUAUCGAAAAGUGGAACCUGCACAAGCGCAUCGCUCUGCGCAUGGUUAUGAUAGCGGGAGCCAAACCUGGCAUGCUGGUGUUGGGGUUCAUGUGCGGCACCGUCUUCCUGUCAAUGUGGCUGAGUAACACGUCCACCACGGCCAUGGUGAUGCCGAUAGCCGAGGCCGUGCUGCAGCAAAUCAUUUACACCGGCAUCGCUGACUCUUACGACGACUCGGACACUGUGGAGACACAAGAGGAUGAAAACGAAAAAGAAAAGAACCUGAGCAGGAACCAUCUCGAGCUCGUAAACACUACUAACAAUUGUAAGAAAGCAGAAUUUUGCACAGUUGUUGAGGAUGUUAAUGGGGUUGCAUCGAAACCAGUUCAGGGAACAGAUUUCCCAAAGCAGAAUAACGGACGUUUACCUGAGAAACCCAAAAUCCGAAGGGACUCCCUGUACCCAACCAAGAAGGACCACAUGAUCUGCAAGUGCUUGUCUCUGAGCAUCACAUAUGCAGCCACUAUUGGCGGCCUCAUCACCAUCACGGGCACCUCCACCAAUCUCAUCUUCGCAGAGCAGUUCAACAAUCGAUACCCAGAUGCCAAAGUCAUCAAUUUUGGAACGUGGUUCAUCUUCAGCCUGCCUAUUGCUCUCAUUAUGCUGGUUCUAACUUGGCUCUGGCUUCAUUUCCUGUUUCUGGGAUGCAAUUUCAGGGAAACUUGUUCUUGGAGUAAGAAACGCAAAACCAAGCGGGAGAUCCUCGCCGAGAAACGAAUCCAUGAAGAAUACCAGAAGCUUGGUGCUAUAAGUUACCCAGAAGUUGUAACAGGAGUCUUCUUCAUAUUGAUGACCUUGCUGUGGUUCACCAGAGAACCGGGAUUUGUCCCCGGCUGGACGUUCCUGUUUGAGAAGAAAGGUUACAGGACUGAUGCCACGGUUUCCGUGCUGCUCGGCUUCCUGCUAUUCCUCAUCCCGGCACGCAAGCCCUGGGGGUCUUCGUCUCGAAGCAAAAGCACAGUGAAUGAGUGCAAGGAGGACAAGGAGGAUGAAGAGGAAGACCCCUUGGCACCCAUGAUCACGUGGAAAGACUUCUUGAGACUGAUGCCGUGGGAGAUUGUGAUUCUGGUUGGAGCAGGGUAUGCGCUGGCAGCAGGGUGUAAGGUUUCAGGUUUGUCCAUGUGGAUCGGGCGUCAGCUGGAGCCGAUGAGUGGCCUGCCCCUGUGGGCCGUCACUCUACUUGCUUGCCUUCUCGUGUCUGCUGUGACCGAAUUCGCCAGCAACCCUGCCACUCUGACCGUGUUCCUGCCCAUCCUGUCUGCUCUGUCGGAGACGCUGCAGAUUAACCCCCUCCACACACUCAUCCCCGCCACCAUGUGCGUCUCCUUCGGAGUCAUGCUGCCUGUAGGAAACCCGCCGAACGCCAUCGUGUUCAGUUACGGACAUGUGAAAAUCAGCGACAUGGUUAAAGCCGGGUUCGGGGUCAAUCUGAUCGGCGUGCUGGUGGUCCUGCUGGCUAUAAGCACAUGGGGAGUCCCGCUGUUCCAGCUGUCGGAUUUCCCCGCUUGGGCAGUCAUGAGGAACGUAACCCAAAGCUUGUAGGCACACAUGGGAACGAGUGUGAGAGCGAGUAAGAAGCUGAAACCGAUUGGAAUGGACAAGUUUUUUUUUAAUAUACGGUGCAACAGUUUUCGGAUUGCCUGCGAAAGGGCCGUAGCUAAAACACUUUGGGCAACAUUGGGAAAUACGACGACCUCCUCGUGGCUUUUAUUCGAUGGCGAUGCGGUUUUAUAGAAUAAAUAAUGCCUGGUCAGUGAAGCACAGUUCUUUAACACGCUGUAGUUGAACAUGGCUUUAGGUGGAAAGUCGUGUUCGGGUAUAAAAUCAUGGCCGCCGUAGCCGUAAGUUUUGCGCGAUCUCACAUUGCUACUGUAACCCGAUUUACGGUCAUGUCCCGUAAAUACGCUCUGUGAUGUACUACGUGAUCAGACGUUUAUUUGCAAACGACAUCUUUACAAACUGCAAUAAAAUAUUAACAACAAAGAA